ACAUGACCAAACAAGCUCGUUUAUCUUUCGCUUCACUACCGACAAUUUUUCACGAUUUCGCGCGUAAUCUGUAACUGGAUGAACGUCAGAUAGUCGGAAUCUAAUCUUCAAAUUCUAUGGAACCAUUAAAUUAUAAUGUGAACAAUAUGAAGAAUUGUGAAUAAAAAAAAUAAGGGAUAUUCAAUCUCAGUAACCGUCAAUCGUUUCUAUUUUGAGCUAAUAAACAAAUCAAAGUGUAUUAGGCCAAAUUUCCAGCAUCUAUUUCGACGUUUUCCUCUUAGAUGAUCCUCUGAAUGCCGAAACGUCGGAAAAGCGCUACAGCUGAAUCGGGAUGUGGAGCUGGCAUAGAAUAUAGCGAUGGCUUUGAGGACAAGGAUGGUAAAAUAGAGGAAAGUAAACAAGAAUUAAAAGAGGAAAAUCUUACACAGCAACCAGUACGUUGCAGUUCUAGACGACUAAAGAAACCAAAAAAAUCUGAUGCUGUAACUUCUUCAUUGUCACCAACUAGAAAACUAACAACUAGCGAAGUAAAACAGACAAAUAACACAAACGGUGCUAUUCAGCCAGGUACAAAAUCUCAACCUCAAUUAUGGUCUUGCGAUGACCAAGCAGCUUUUUUUGAAGCCUUAAAUGACAACGGAAGAAAUUUUGAUAAAAUAUUGGCUUAUAUCAAUAGUAAACAAAAGAAGAAAAAUGAAGAUUUAAAAAGUCGUGAGCAGAUAAGACACUACUAUUAUAGAACAUGGCAUAAAGUUAGUAAAUUUCUGGAAAUACACAAAUCCAAAGACGUGAAUUGUAAAGCAGUCGAACUUUAUGGAAUGAUUAAUUAUGGAGAAUUUAAACGUCGUGUAGGAUAUUUAAAUAAGAAAAACGCAUUUAAAUUUAAUGAAUUAGUACAACAAGGAAGUUGCAAUGUUAAAAAUGUUCGUAAAGGAAAAGGUUGCUUUUUACGAAUUAAGACACCUACGUGUAAAGCCUUACGAAACCUACACAAGCAGGAUCUAACUGAUGGAGAUGAAAAGGAAAGUGGGCAUCCAGAUAUCAUAGUCAUCGAAUUAUUGCCUAGAAAUACUCAAUGCUGGAUUAAAGUUCAACAAAAAUCCUAUAAUCCUCGAUUAAGAUUAAAUUUGCAGUCAAAACAAAGUUUAUCAAGUAUUAUAAGUUUUAUAGAAAGAAGGUGGAAUUUUCAAUUGUCUAGUAACGAAGAAUUACGAUUAUUUCCUAAAGAAGGUGCAGAAUUGCAUUCCUAUAUGGCCAUACAACAUAUUGAUUUUAGUCAAAAAAAUGUAAAUUUCUCCCUGAAAUUAUAUAAGGACACAUGUGCCGAUGGCAAUGUUAGGCAAACGUCGAAGAAAAGUAAGAAACAGACGACAUCUACAAAAAUUCAAUUAUCUGAAAAUAAUGACAACGAUCCUGUUGAGAAAAACGGAACUGAUGAAAAUGAAAACACAGAAAAAGAUCGAUUUGUGAAUAUAUUAACAAAAAAACUAAAAGACUUAGAGAAAGAUUACAAUAGUUAUGAGGACAGUUUUGAAGAAAAAGUCAACGAUAUCAAAUUAAAUGGAUGGAAUAAGGAGAACGGCAAAGAUUAUACGGCCCUGCAAUUAUGGUACAUGCUAAAGAAACCUGAUCAAAUUCACUUAGAAUAUGACUUUAUAUCGACUGACAAAGACAAAGUAGCAAUUCGAAGUAGUUUAUUGAAGGCUCUUAUACCUCUAGCAACGUCUUACAAAGAAUCAUUUUCAGAGAUUGAAAAUGAAAAAUGUCCAUGCGGAAGAGAAUAUCCCCAGACUUUAAAUAUGUUGCAAGAUUAUAACAAUGUCUCAACAGACGGUGUCUUCAAAAGUCCAAAAGUGCCCAAGCCUAGGGGCAGAAAAAAGAAUAAACGUGAAGAAGAUGUGUCAUUUAAAGCGCCUUUGCCAAUACAAGCCUCGCCAUUGACUCCUGUAUCCCCUCAGCAGGACAUAUCUAUAUCUUUGCCUCUAAGGAAAGGAUGUAAAAAGACUCUACCGAAACCGAAUAAUAGGAAAUUACUGCCCGCUGUCAGAUCUCAAACUCAACAGCAAACACUGGUAGGAGUGCAAAUCGUUGAUUCCGAUGGGACGCCGAAAAUAGUAUUAUUACCACAAAAUACUAUUGCUGCUGUUUCCCCUCAAGUAAAUCAACAAUCUACUACAAACAUGACACCGUCUCCGAAUAUGCAGUCUCAGCAAAUUACAAACAAGGAACAAUCUGCUUUACCACCUGAAUUACCGGUCAAGGAGGCAUCUAUGAAUAAUAAACUAGAGGAUCAAACACCCAACAGGGAAGUGCUGGUGGCAAACAACGAUUCAAUUUCCUUAUCAACAUUAUUAGAUCUAAAUUUCACAAAUGACGAGGGUGUUAAUGGAGUCAGCGACAACAGCAUACAAACUAUUCUGGCCUCUGCAGACAUAGAUCCGAAACUAUUACAUCAGUUGUCGCCACAAAAGAUGCCGAAUUAUCGUUCAAACUUAAAUACUCCCGUAAAAGUCGAUACUGAUCAGCUAAAUAGUUCCCGAAAUUUAACAUUCACUCUUCCCAGUGGCUCAAAUUUUAGUGUUUCACAAAUGUUGGGAGAUAGUUCAAGAGACUCACUCAUUAAAACUUCAGAUGUUGAUGCAGUCAUGAAUGAAAACAGUCUUGAUUAUACAGCGAAAUUCUUUGAUUUGGCAUCGCAAAUCAAUUGUUCAAAUGAGGGCACGAAGGGUAAUAUCACAUGA